UACGUGUUUAUUUUUUAUUACUAAAUGUUCAUUUUCAUACAUGUUCAUAAUUUUUUUUACUAAAUGUUCGUGUUAAGGUUGUGGUCCAGCAGUUAUAUGAUUGUAUGAUAAUCAUAUUCAUUUUUAAUAUACAAAUUGAUAAGUUUUUUUUAAAACAUGUUCACUUUUUAGUACUAAAUGUUCUUUUUUUUAAUUGUUCAUUAUUUUAAACUGAAUGUUCAUUUUUUUAAGUGUUCAUAACUUUAAGGAAAAUUUGUGAAGAAUAAGCCAACCUUUGCUCAUUUAGCUCAAAUUAAGUCAACCUUUAAAUUAACUAAAAAUAAGUCGACCUUUAUGGAGUAUUUUCUCAAAAUGAGUCAUGACCUGUUAGGUUUUAGGGAUAACCGGUUGUUUGGAUUAAUUAUGCCACGUGUCACAAUAUAUUUGGUUCUUUUAAAAUUUUAAUUUAUAUGAAUAUUCAAAUUCAUUAUUAAAAAUAUUAUUUUUAAACUACCCCUACCCCCACUACACUAGUCAGCCCCCUUUCCAUUGACCACCGUAGACAAUACCCCUGCCGGCCAUGGCAAACCAGCAACCCCCACAGCUGGCCACGGCAGACCAGCAAGUCAACAACUCCCCUUUGCCAUCCAGUUCCCCAUAGUCGACCACUUUCUCUCUCUCCCCUCCCAUCAACGACUGUCCCUUACCCCGUAACACCAAUCUCUCCAUCUCCUUUCUCCACCGCCGACCAACCCCUCCCUCCUCCCGCCAGUCCCCUACCCCUUGCCGACCAAUCUUCCCCUCUCUAAAUGCCGGCACUACACCGACCUCUUUGUCUCCCUUCUUCCUUGAUGAACGCCGGCAAAUCCCCCUCUCGAUGUGCCACCAAAGACUGCGCCAGUACACCGCUUUUCUUGCUCACCAUCAUCAUCAAUUACCGCACAAGAAACCCCUUACCGGAAACAUGCUGGUUCUCUCGGUUCAAUACCUCUCUCAUCCGAAGAGAUAGUCGGCGAUAGUGAGUAUUGAAGGCUACGCUGGGCAUGGGUGGUGAGGGGGUUGAGGGUGAUUCGUUGGCUACUUGGCUGUGGUGGUUGGUUGGCCAGAAGGUGGUUGGUUGGCCAAAAGGUGGUGGUUCGUGGAGAUAGAGGAAAUUCCAUUUAAAAAAAAAAUUAAAAAAAAAAAAAAAAAAGUGGUUGAAGGUCAUUUGACCCAUUAAAGAUAAUACUCUAAAAGAUCGACUUAUUUUUAGUUAAUCAAAAGGUUAACUUAUAUUAAGUUAACCACAUAAAAGUUGACUUACUUUUUACCAAUUUUCCUAACUUUUAUACUAAAUGUUCAUUUUAUAGAGCGUGGUGCAGCUAUUCUAACGGCCUAAUUGCACCACGGUGCAGCUAAGACCUAUUGGCUAUUACGUUACGUAUUUAUGCUAAAGGUUAAAAGCCCAAAACACAGUACUCCGUACUCAAUUUCUAGUUUUCUACCCGCCUUUCUUUUGCUUAAGCAGCAGCGCAGUUUCUCCGUCGUCUUCCUCCUACCAUAUCACCCAAACUUUCUCUCUCUUCCCCAUUCAUCCCUGUUAAUCUGGAAUGUCUCCAUUGUUUCUUUGCUGCUAAGGCGAUGGGCUCAUAUAUUGAUGUCUUAUCAAGUUGAGGAAGCUACAUGGACUGGUGUUUCUGUUUGGUUAACCAUAUCUUUUCGGAAUCCACUUUGAUGGAUUUCUCUCACAGAAAUGAAUAUUGGUGUCAUCUCCUUAAUCAAUGGUUGUUCUAAACUCGUACCCCAGAGUUUAUACUUGGGUCGAUUUCUGCUUAUCCCAUUUAAGGACAGAUAUUUGGGAGAAAAGCUCUGCACUUUUUACUCUUCUGAUGCAAGACCAUUUCCUGAUUAUUCACCCAGAAAGCCAACAAUCAGAGACUCUGAACUUGUGCAGAAUGUCUCAAUUACCAUAAAGCAACGGCGUUUUGAGACGUUAAGGCAUGCUCUUAGACCCUUUGAGUCAAAAUUCAAGCCUGACCAUCUCAUUUGGGUUCUAAUGAACAUCAAGAAUGAUACCGAGCUGGUAUAUAACUUCUAUGAAUGGGCAUGUCUUCAUAGAGAACCAUCAUUGGAAGUUCGGAGUAUUGUCAUACAUAUUGCUGUUGCUUCAAAAGAUUUGAAGAUAGCUCACAGUCUUAUAUAUGAUUUCUGGUCUAAACCAUAUAUUGAUGUUGCCUAUUCUUUUUCUAGUUUUGUUGAAAAAUUGAUCUACACUUACAAGGAUUGGGGUUCAAAUCCAUGUGUAUUUGAUUUAUUCUUUGAGGUGCUUGUUCAAGUUGGAUAUUUGCUAGAGGCAAGGAGACUUUUUGGAAGGAUGUUGAAUUUUGGUUUGGUGAUCUCUGCUGAAUCCUGUCAAUUGCUUCUUGCUAAUCUUUCCAGCCAAUCAGACAAGAAAAGGGACACUUUCGAGGUUUUUCAGGAGUUCCUUGAAGCAGGAAUCUGUUGGGAUACUGGUUCAUAUAAUAUAAUCUUACACAUUCUUUGUCAGUUAGGGAAAAUUAGAGAAGCGCACCAUCUACUGCUGCAGAUGGAGUUAAGAGGCUGUCUGCUUGAUGUUGUGAGUUAUAGUGUUGUCAUUAAUGGAUACUGUCAUGUUGGUGAAUUAGAUAAGGUGAUGAGGCUGGUUAAUGAAAUGAGAAUGAAGGGACUGAAGCCAAAUGCAUUUACAUUUAAUAGCAUUAUUGUUCUAAUGUGCAAGUAUAGUAAGGUAGCAGAUGCAGAAAGGGUUCUGAGAGAAAUGAUUGCUCUUAAUAUACCUCCGGAUAAUGUAGUUUACACGACAAUUAUUGAUGGUUUCUGUAAGUCCGGUAAUAUUAGUUCCGCUAUCAAGCUUUUCAAGGAAAUGCAAAGAGUUAAAAUCAUCCCUGAUGUUAUUGCAUAUUCAACUAUUAUAUGUGGGCUUUGUCAAAGUGGAAACUUGAAAGAAGCAGAGAAGAUCUUCCAUGAAAUGCUUAACAGUGGAUUAGCGCCAGAUGAAAUCACUUAUACAACACUUGUAGAUGGUUAUUGCAAGGCUGGUAAGCUGAAAGAAGCCUUUUUUUGGCACAAUGAGAUGGUUGAGAAGGGGGUGACCCCUAAUGUUGUCACCUAUACUGCCCUUGCAGAUGGCCUAUGUAAACAAGGAGAGGUAGAUACGGCAAAUGAACUUUUGCAUGAAAUGUCUGCCAAGGGUCUAGAACUUAACCAGUUCACAUAUAAUGUACUCAUUAAUGGUCUCUGUAAAACAGGAAAUAUAAAUCAAGCAGUAAAACUGAUGGAAGACAUGGAGGUGACUGGAUGUCAUCCUGAUACCAUUACUUAUACUACUUUGAUGGAUGCUUACUGUAAGUCGGGAGAAAUUCCUAAGGCACAUGAGCUUCUGAGGAAAAUGCUGGAUCGAGGACAUCAGCCUACUGUUGUUACAUUUAAUGUGUUGAUGAAUGGGUUCUGCACAUCAGGGAUGUUGGAAGAUGGUGAAAGGCUGCUAAAAUGGAUGUUGGAGAAGGGAAUAAUGCCAAAUGCCACAACCUAUAAUUCUCUUAUGAAGCAGUAUAGCAUUAGAAGCAACAUGCAUAGCACAACUAAAAUUUACAGGGAGAUGUGUGCUUAUAAUGUAAUGCCAGACAACACCACUUAUAAUAUAUUAAUCAAGGGGCACAGUAAAGCAAGGAAUAUGAAAGAAGCGUGGUAUUUGCACAAGGAAAUGGUUGCAAAAGGGUUUGAUCUCACUGACAGCUCUUAUAAUGCUUUUAUCAAGGGGCUUCUUAAAAAGAAAAAGUAUGGGGAAGCAAAGGUACUCUUUGAUGAGAUGAGGAGAAAAGGGUUCAUUGCGAAUCAAGAAAUUUUAUACUUUUUUCUGGACAAGAACUUCGAUGAAGGGAACCUUGAAAAUGCUAUUGAGCUUUGUGAUGAGGUUAUAGAGAGAUUCGUUAUUGAUAAGGUCGAUAAAGAUAAUGAUACUUGAUGAUUAAUUAGAUUUUUGUGAGCGUGCGUAUAAACAUCCCAUGACAACUUUCUCCAGGCCUUAGUUCUUGCUACCAGCUGACAUGGACUGGAAGGCAAAGAAUUAGGGACUAGUGGCGUUGUACAAUGUCAGGCAUCAUCCCCAUUCCCAACAAUGUUCUGCUGUUUGAAUGGUGCAAUUAUUCUGUUGGCUGCUUGUUAUCUUUCAAAUAUUCAGUAGAAGUUCACAGCUUAGCGAUACAAAGAACUUUUUCUAUACGACUAUCCUAGCUGGAACUGAAUGAAACACUGCUCAAAAUGAUAAAUGCGGCUUCAGUUGUGUCAGUUAUA